GCCGCCCUCCCAUCCCGCCGUCUGUCAGGUGCGAGUGGAGUGGGACGGAGGUGUCUGGUGCCCCCGCCCGGCCCCGCUAACUGAAAUGGCGAACUUCACCCCAGUCAACGGCAGCGCGGGCAACCAGUCUGUGCGCCUGGUCUCAUCAACCCAUAACCGCUAUGAGACGGUGGAGAUGGUGUUCAUCGCCACGGUGACAGGCUCGCUGAGCCUGGUGACUGUGGUGGGCAACAUCCUGGUGAUGCUGUCCAUCAAGGUCAACCGGCAGUUGCAGACGGUCAACAACUACUUCCUCUUCAGCCUGGCCUGUGCCGAUCUCAUCAUAGGCGCCUUCUCCAUGAACCUCUACACCGUGUACAUCAUCAAGGGCUACUGGCCACUGGGCGCCGUGGUCUGCGACCUGUGGCUGGCCCUGGACUAUGUGGUGAGCAACGCCUCUGUCAUGAACCUGCUCAUCAUCAGCUUUGACCGCUACUUCUGCGUCACCAAGCCCCUCACCUACCCGGCCCGGCGCACCACCAAGAUGGCGGGGCUCAUGAUCGCUGCGGCCUGGGUCCUGUCCUUUGUGCUCUGGGCACCUGCUAUCUUAUUCUGGCAGUUUGUGGUGGGCAAGCGGACAGUGCCCGACAACCAGUGCUUCAUCCAGUUCCUGUCCAACCCGGCGGUGACCUUUGGCACCGCCAUCGCUGCCUUCUACCUGCCCGUGGUCAUCAUGACUGUCCUCUACAUUCACAUCUCCCUGGCCAGCCGCAGCCGGGUCCACAAGCACCGGCCUGAAGGCCCUAAGGAGAAGAAGGCCAAGACUCUGGCCUUCCUCAAGAGCCCCCUGAUGAAGCAGAGCGUCAAGAAGGCCCCGCCGGGAGAAGCUGCACGAGAGCAGCUUCGCAAUGGGAAGCUGGAGGAGGCCCCGCCGCCGGUCCUGCCACCCCCGCCGCGCCCGGUGGCUGACAAGGACACUUCCAAUGAGUCCAGCUCAGGCAGUGCCACCCAGAACACCAAGGAACGACCACCCACAGAGCUGUCGACCACAGAGACCACCGUGCCCGCCACCCCCGCCCCUCGCCUACAGCCUCGGGCUCUCAACCCAGCCUCCAAAUGGUCCAAGAUCCAGAUUGUGACGAAGCACACGGGCAACGAGUGCGUGACAGCCAUCGAGAUCGUGCCUGCCACGCCAGCUGGCAUGCGCCCGGCGGCCAACGUGGCCCGCAAGUUUGCCAGCAUUGCCCGCAACCAGGUGCGCAAGAAGCGGCAGAUGGCAGCCCGGGAACGCAAGGUGACACGGACCAUCUUUGCCAUUCUGUUGGCCUUCAUCCUCACCUGGACGCCCUACAACGUCAUGGUCCUGGUGAACACCUUCUGCCAGAGCUGCAUCCCUGACACGGUGUGGUCCAUUGGCUACUGGCUCUGCUACGUCAACAGCACCAUCAACCCCGCUUGCUACGCCCUCUGCAAUGCCACCUUUAAAAAGACCUUCAGGCACCUGCUGCUGUGCCAGUAUCGGAACAUCGGCACUGCCAGGUAGGCAGGCAGGGGUGCCAUAGGAGGUGCUGGCGGUCGCUUGCGUGUGCUGGGGGACCACAUGGCUCAGCUGCUGUAGCGGCAGGAUUCGAAAGCACCUUUCAGUGUUCACAGUGGCUGAGGGGAGAACUGAGGUCCCUGACAGCCUGUGGGGCUCAGAAAGAGGCUCUGGCUGGAUUCGGAGAGAAGACCGGCUCUCUGCUCUGGCCGAGGAGGGUCAGCCCCAGGAGGUGUCUGAACCAGGACUGCUUGUCCCACCUCUACGGCUCUGCCUCAGGGAGCUGGGGGUCACUGACCUACGUGGGCACCUGCCCCACCAUGACCAACCAGCGUGGCUGAAAGAAUGGACCUCAAGAGGAGAGCAGUCCAGACUCCCCUUGGGACGAGCAGAGGCCCAUGCUUUGGAAAGGAGGCUCAGGAAGGGAAGGGUAGGGUCCCCUAUUCUUUUGUAAUCGGUGCUUUCUGCCCCCUGCACCCCGCAUGUAAGCUCCGCCCCCUCCUUCCAAAUACCACUCCAGGAGCAGAAAUUUCUCCUUGCUGCAACGCUUAGCCAGGUACUUGUUGGACAGGUGGGAAGCUGACUGGAGGCCAGGUGGAGAGGGCUUUGGGGCACCUCUUCCUUCUGCAGCAUGGCCCUGGUCACGGUCACCAUGGGCCAGCGGGAGGGCAUCUCACUCAGGAACUGAGGUCAGGCUUCCCAGGUCCCUAGCCUGAGCGGGGAGAAUCCGCGGGAUUCUCAAGAGCCCGAGUCCUCCCCAAGGUUAGAGCUUGUUCCAGGUCACACGGAGUGAAGGUGGCUGUGGUGGGCAGGGUUCCUCAUGGCCCCUGCAGGAUGGAAGAGCGCCUGGGUCACCAGAGACAGAACAGGGAUGGACUUUCCCCACAGGGACUUCUGUGCCAGUGGGGGCAGGCAGGGGUUAAGACUGGUGGGCAACCCCCAGCUUUGCUCUCCCAGUGGGUAGAACCUUCCUGAUGGGCAGUGGACUGGACCAGAGGCCUUGGCCUGGGAGUGUCAGCUCGAAUGAGUCUUGUGAGUUCCCUUGCCCACCCACGGGGUCACCCUGGACAGAUUAGGACCAAAAGGCUAGGGCACUUGGUAGGGGCCCCUUCCACAGGACAGUAGAAGACUCUGAAUGGAAUGGUCAUAACCGUUCUUUUUCUGGGGAAGCAGCCGGCCCCCAAGGAAGCCACCUUUCCCUCCAACCUUUUCUUCCCUCCACCAUCAUCCACUCCCACCCAACAAAUCACCACAGCAAACUACCCAGGAAGAGGCUUUUAUAUAUUAAAAAAAAAAGCUUUUAUUGGGA